AUGGUAGAGAGGAUACACAAGAUGACCUACAACCUCAACCCGGAGCUAUUUGGUGUUCAGUUCCUCUCGAAUGUAGGUGUCGUGGAACAAAAAGGUGGUGUACUUCAAUUCUAUGAAGUGACGAGGCCAGGGUCACAGCCGGCGGGGGCUAACAAGAAGAAAAGCAAUGCGAGAGAUGGUGUCUCUGAUGGCAAGCGAGUUAAUUCCGCAGGGCCAGAGGGCUGCCUAGUCUUUUCCAAGUAUGUUGGGUUCACUGGAGUUCGUCUUGGUUGGAUAGCAAUUCCGAAAGAGCUCCAUUAUUCUGAUGGUUUUCCAGUGGCCAAGGACUUCAACCGCAUAGUGUGUACUUGUUUCAAUGGUACAUCUAAUAUUGCUCAAGCUGGUGGUCUGGCAUGUGUUUCACCUGAAGACAUUAAGGCAAUGCAUGAGGUUGUUGGUUUCUACAAGUUUAAGGUUUAUGGGGGCAAAAAUGCACCAUAUGUUUGGGUCCACUUUCCUAGCCGUAGCUCAUGGGAUGUGUUCAGUGAGAACCUGGAGAAGACUAAUGUCGUCACCACUCUUGGAAGUGGUUUCGGACCUGGGGGUGAAGGGUUCGUCCGGGUCAGUGCUUUCGGGCACAAGGAGAAUGUUAUCGAAGCCUAUAGAAGAUUCAAGGAGCUGUACAAGUAA